AUGGAUAUUUUGGGUAGAUUCCUUCUGAAAGAGACGAUCGGUAUGUUGGGAUCUUGGAAAAGCACUCUGCAUUACAUAGCAAGAAUGGAAGAAGCCCCUAAUGAUAUCAUAUCAAGAGCCAACAACAUUGAAGCAAAAAUCAAAGAACUUACAGAGGCUUUUAAGAGGAUAGUGAACAAUAUUCAUCCUGGAUUCCCAGAAAGUUAUGUGUACCCAUACUGGAAUGGACUGGCAUCCUUGCAGUCACCUGAUGAAGACACUUGCUUUUUUGCUUUGUAUAACUUAUUUCGGUGCCUGACAAAGGAUUCACGUAAGGUUGACUUUAAUCUUAGGCUCCUGAUGUGCCAACUUGUCUAUAAAAUAGAUUGUUAA